AUGUCUCUGCACAAGAGUAUCCUGAAUUUCGCUCCCUCUUUCAAGCCAUGUAUGUUCAUCUCCUUUCUGCUGGUUCUGCUCCCAGGAGUCACUCAUUUCUCCCAGGGCAGCGCCAGCAAUGAAGACACUGGCAGCACACCAAGCAACUGCUCCAGUAGUGAUAACUGCUCCGAGGGCGUGGUGCUGCCCAUGUGGAACCCCCAAAACCCUGCGGUUGGUGACAAGGUGGCACGCGCCAUUGUUUACUUUGCAGCGCUAAUAUACAUGUUCCUGGGCAUGUCCAUUAUCGCAGACCGCUUCAUGUCUUCUAUCGAAGUAAUCACCUCUCAGGAAAAGGAGAUCACCAUCAAGAAGCCAAACGGUGAGACUACGACAACUACUGUACGCAUCUGGAAUGAGACCGUGUCCAACCUGACUCUGAUGGCGCUGGGCUCAUCUGCACCAGAGAUCCUGCUUUCCGUCAUUGAAGUGGUCGGUCAUAAUUUUGAGGCUGGAUCUCUGGGUCCCAGCACAAUUGUGGGGAGCGCUGCAUUCAACAUGUUCAUUAUCAUCGCUAUCUGUGUCUAUGUGGUGCCAGAAAAUGAAACUCGCAAGGUAAAGCACCUGCGGGUGUUUUUUGUCACUGCUACCUGGAGCGUGUUCGCCUACAUCUGGCUGUAUCUCAUUCUCUCUGUGAUCUCCCCCGGAGAGGUGGAGGUUUGGGAGGCCGUCCUCACCUUCCUCUUCUUCCCUAUCUGUGUGCUGCAAGCCUGGAUUGCGGACCGGCGCCUUCUCUUCUACAAGUACGUCCAUAAGCGGUAUCGUGCCGACAAGAAGCGUUGCAUUAUCAUUGAGUCAGAGGGAGAUGCCAUGUUCACUAAAAUGAACUUGGAGAUGGAUGGCCAGGGUGGUAACUCCCACACUCACCCCAAAGAGGCUCUGGAUGGAAUGCUGGAGGGGGUGGAGGAAGGUGGAGGGAGUGCGGAGCAAGAUCAAGAGGAAGAGGCCCGACGGGAGAUGGCUCGCACUCUAAAAGAUUUAAAACAAAGACACCCAGAUAAGGACAUGGAGCAGCUGAUCGAGAUGGCCAACUACCAAGUGCUGGUCCAGCAACAGAAGAGCCGGGCCUUCUAUCGCAUUCAAGCCACGCGCAUGAUGAUCGGAGCCGGGAACAUCUUGAAAAAGCACGCCGCUGACCAGGCCAGGAAGGUGGUGAGCUGUCAUGAGGCCACCGGGCAAGAGGAAGAUCCCAACACCAUCUACCUGCAGUUUGAAACCUCUCACUACCAGUGCUUUGAGAACUGUGGCUCACUGAAGCUGUCAGUGACCCGACAUGGAGGAGAAAAUGGCUGCACUGUGAAGGUGGACUACCGUACAGAGGAUGCGACCGCCAAUGCCGGCUCAGACUACGAGUUUGCUGAGGGUACUUUGGUCUUCAAGCCUGGUGAGACAACAAAAGAAUUCACUGUUGGCGUUAUUGAUGAUGAUAUUUUUGAAGAGGAUGAGCACUUCUACGUGCGCCUGAGUAAUCCACGUAUCGCACACCGGGCUGAGGUCUCCGUCCUGGAGCCAAGCUCCAUCACCUCCAGCAACAGCACGGUGGGUAUCUCCCACGUUCCUCCAAAGGCAGCCCUUGGCACCGCUCACACCGCCACGGUUACCAUCUAUGAUGACGACCACGCUGGUAUUUUUACCUUUGAGAAUAACUCCAUGAGGGUCAGUGAGAGCAUCGGCAACAUGCAGGUGAAGGUUCACCGGACGUCCGGGGCGAGGGGGAAGGUGGCGGUGCCCUACCACACCGCCGAGGGCACCGCAAAGGCCGGGGAGGACUACGAGGAGGUCUCCGGAAAGCUGGAAUUCCAGAAUGAUGAGACCAUGAAGCUACUGAAUGUGAAGGUCAUUGAUGAUGAGGAGUACGAGAAGAACAAGACUUUCACGAUUGUGUUGGAGGAGCCCAUCCUGCUGGAUGUGGGACAGAGACACGGAGACACCAAUGAUAACAAGACAGCAGUGGGACCAGAGGACGUGUCAAAGAUGGGCUGCCCCUGUCUGGGCGAGCACACUAAGCUGGAGGUGGUAAUUGAGGAGUCCUAUGAAUUCAAGAGCACAGUGGACAAGCUGAUUAAGAAGACGAACCUGGCUCUGGUGGUGGGGAGCAGCAGCUGGAGGGAGCAGUUUGUUAGUGCCGUCACUGUCAGUGCAGGUGACGAUGACGAGGAAGAGAGCGGGGAGGAACGUUUGCCGUCCUGCUUUGAUUACAUCAUGCACUUCCUGACAGUUUUCUGGAAGGUCCUCUUCGCUUUUGUCCCACCCACUGAGUACUGGAACGGCUGGGCCUGUUUCUUCGUCUCCAUUUCCCUCAUCGGUGUUCUGACGGCUGUGACCGGAGACUUGGCCUCUCACUUCGGCUGCACCGUCGGUCUCAAAGACUCGGUCACCGCCGUGGUGUUCGUGGCUCUAGGCACCUCUGUUCCAGAUACAUUUGCAAGUAAAGUGGCUGCCAUACAGGACCAAUACGCUGACGCAUCCAUUGGCAACGUGACGGGCAGCAACGCAGUGAAUGUGUUCCUGGGCAUCGGGGUGGCGUGGACCCUCGCAGCCGUUUACUGGAAGACCAAAGGCAAGGUGUUCAAGGUGGACCCAGGCUCCCUGGCCUUUUCCGUCACCGUCUUUACCAUCAUGGCGCUGGUGUGUGUGGUGGUGCUGCUCUACCGCCGGCGUCCCAGCGUGUCAGGCGGAGAGCUUGGGGGCCCACGGACACCCAAGCUCCUCACCUUCUUCAUGUUCCUCUCCCUCUGGUUCAUCUACAUCCUGUUGUCCUCCCUGGAGGCUUACUGCUAUGUGCCUGGCUUCUGA